UCUAGGAAAAUUAAGAGCAUACUGCCGGUGGGAAUUGGAAUUCCCACAAGGGAUGGGAAUCAUGAGCAGCGCCAAGGCAACGUUGCUUCUUGUUGCAAUCUCGUGCAUUGUCAUAGCGAUUUCAUCUGGGGCUCACAGCUUGUUGUCAUCUGAAACCAAUAUGGAGACCUACGGUUUUAGUGAGUUUAAUACACCUCCUCCGAUUUCUCCCAAAAUUACCAAUUAUUGCGGCGUGAAGUGCAAAGGCAGGUGCAAGAAUGCAAGGCAAAAUACAUGCAAUAGAGCAUGCAAUACGUGCUGCCAUAGGUGCCACUGUGUCCCUCCGGGAACCUUCGGGCAUAAAGAGACGUGCCCUUGCUAUGCCAAUAUGAAAACUCACGGUGGUCGGCCGAAAUGCCCAUGAACCUAUCUCUCCCACGCCCCCAUCCAUUUUCGACAUUAUGCGCACCUUAAUUAUAUAUGGUCAUACCUAUAUAUAAAUGUGUCUGUGUGUGUGUGUGUGUGUGAGAAAAUGCAAGUAAAGAAAAGCAAAUAAACCUUGAUCCCAUGGUACGUGGUACCUUAAUUAUAUAUGGUCAUACUUAUAUAUAAAUAUGUGUGUGUGUGAUAAUGCAAGCAAAGAAAAGCAAAUAAACCUCGAUCCCGUGGCUCGUGGUAUAGAUCAAUUUAGGAUUGGAUCCAUCUAUUGUGUUCAAGUGGUCGACCAACAUACAUGCUAGUUAAAAGAUUGAGCUAGUAUACUUUUGUUUCA